CCCAGGCCCCAUGCCAGGUCCCUAGCAUGGGUUUUCUCAUUUAAACCUCGUACCUUGUAAGGCACAUACCACUCUUUCCACAUCUUACAGAGAAGCAAACGGGCACAGAGUCAGGAUUCAGAUCUAGGCUGUGGGCUGCGCUCUCCACUGUUGCCCUGGUUCACAUCUUGGCUCUUCUGCUGAUUCACUGGGAGAUCUCGUGGAGCCUCAGUCGUCUGUCUGUAAAAUGGAGCAGAAAUACCUACCCCUGAGGGUGCUGUGUUGUGAGCUGCCACCAGAUGUUUUCUUGGAAACGCUUUAUAAAAUAGUCUUAUGGCUCUGCCACCUCCUAGCUCUGUGGUCUUAGAUAAGCUCCCCAGGCUUUAGCUGUUAGUUUUCUCAUGUGUAAAGUGGGAAUAAUAAAUGUCUGUGCCAGUAAGGUUGUUUUUUUUUUUUGAAGGUUAAAUGAAUAUGUGCAAAGCAAUUAACACGGGGCUCAACACGUGGUAAACAGUCAGUAUAUAUCCAGACCCUCAGCAUUGUCAUUAUUUGCUAGAUAGUGAUCGUUUUCAGGACAUCACAUCAUAGAGGUACACAAUAACAGCCUCCACUUUGCGGGUCCAGGGGUUUCAUUGGUUCAGCAGAGAUGGACUUAGCAUGUGCCCAGCUAGUGCUCAACCCUGGAGUUACAGCAAGAGACAAGAGAGGAGGAGGUAUCUGAGAGCAGCUCCAGCACAGACCCGCUGCCCCAUGGCUACCUCCCUGACUCAUCUUCUGUUUCCCGUGGGCCAGUGGCAGGGGUGACGGGCGGCCCCCCAGCCCUGGUGCACUCCAGUGCACUGCCAGACCCCAACAUGCUGGUGUCCGACUGCACGGCUUCUUCCUCGGACCUGGGCUCGGCCAUUGACAAGAUCAUUGAGUCCACCAUCGGGCCCGACCUCAUCCGGAGUGAGUCAGACCAUGGCUGCAUCACCGUGACCAGUGCGGAGGGCAGCGGGGCUGAGGCCACACGGUACCUGAUCCUGCAGGGACCAGACGAUGGUAAGGGCCCAGCACCAGGCCCAGGGAGCCCUGCCGUGUGUGGGGGCAGGACAGGUGCCCCCAUGGCAUCACCGAUGUCCAGUUCCACCCUGGCCCAUAGCCUGGCAGCCAUCGAGGCCCUGGCUGAUGGCCCCACAUCCACAUCCACAUGCCUGGAGCCACCGGAGGAAGCGCAGGGUGGGCCCAGCUCCCCGGCGCAGCCGCCCCUGGGUUCUGGCACCGAGGAGCCGGACUUGCAGAGCCUGGAGGCCAUGAUGGAGGUGGUGGUGGUGCAGCAGUUCAAGUGCAAGAUGUGCCAGUACCGGAGCAGCACCAAGGCCACGCUGCUGCGCCACAUGCGGGAGCGGCACUUCCGCCCAGCAGCAGCAGCUGGUAAGAAGGGGCGUCCGCGCAAGUGGGGCAGCUUGGCCCAGCCCCAGGAAGAAGAGGGCCCAGAGGAGGAAGACGACGAUGACAUCAUAGAUGCUGGUGCCAUUGAUGACCUGGAGGAAGACAGCGACUAUAACCCUGCAGAUGACGAGCCCCGGGGCCGGCAGCUGCGGCCCCAGCGCCCCACUCCCAGUACCCUGAGACCCCGCAGGAGACCUGGCCGGCCCCGGAAGCUGCCUCGCCUGGAGACCUUGGAUCUCCCAGAUGGUGUGGACGGAGAGCCUCUAGUGAGUUCACAAAGUGGACAGAGCCCUCUGGAGCCACAAGACCCCGAGGCACCCAGCUCCUCGGGGCGGGGACGCCUGGUGGCCCUGGGCAAGGCCAACCGGGCCCCCGUGGAACCCGGUGUGAGCCAGUCAGAUGCGAGGAAUUCGGCAUCGUCCUACCAGGAUGAGGCUGACGCCCUGCCCCGCCGCCGUGGUCGGCCCUCCAGGCGCUUCCUUGGCAAGAAAUACCGCAAGUACUAUUACAAGUCACCCAAACCGCUCCUGCGGCCCUUCCUCUGCCGCAUCUGUGGCUCCCGCUUCCUGUCCCACGAGGACCUGCGCUUCCACGUCAACUCCCACGAGGCCGGCAACCCCCAGCUCUUUAAGUGCCUGCAGUGCAGCUACCGCUCCCGCCGCUGGUCCUCACUCAAGGAGCACAUGUUCAACCACGUGGGCAGUAAGCCCUACAAGUGUGACAAAUGCAGCUACACCAGCGUCUACCGGAAGGAUGUCAUCAGGCAUGCCGCCGUGCACAGCCGGGAUCGGAAGAAGAGGCCAGACCCGACCCCAAAGCUGAGCUCCUUCCCCUGCCCCGUGUGUGGCCGUGUCUACCCCAUGCAAAAGAGACUCACUCAGCACAUGAAGACACAUAGUACGGAGAAGCCCCACAUGUGCGACAAGUGUGGAAAGUCCUUUAAGAAGCGCUACACCUUCAAGAUGCACCUGCUCACGCAUAUCCAGGCUGUCGCCAAUCGCAGGUUCAAGUGCGAGUUCUGCGAGUUUGUUUGCGAGGAUAAGAAGGCGCUGCUCAACCACCAGCUGUCCCACGUCAGCGACAAGCCCUUCAAGUGUAGCUUUUGCCCCUAUCGCACCUUCCGAGAGGACUUCCUGCUAUCCCAUGUGGCCGUCAAGCAUACAGGGGCCAAGCCCUUCGCCUGCGAGUACUGCCACUUCAGCACGCGGCACAAGAAGAACCUGCGGCUACACGUGCGGUGCCGGCACGCCAGCAGCUUCGAGGAGUGGGGGCGGCGCCACCCUGAGGAGCCCCCGUCCCGCCGCCGCCCCUUCUUCUCUCUGCAGCAGAUUGAGGAGCUGAAGCAGCAGCACAGCACGGCCCCCACGCCCCCCGCCAGCUCCCCAGGACCUCCUGAGAUCCCCCCAGAGACUGCACCUUUCCAGUCCCCUGAGACCCCCCCACUGCUCUGUUCUGACACCCUGGGUGGCGCCACCAUCAUCUAUCAGCCAGGGACUGCGGAGUCGACAGCUAUGGCCACGCAGACAGCCUUGGACCUGCUGCUGAACAUGAGCACUCAGCGGGAACUGGGUGGCGCAGCCCUGCAGGUGGCCGUGGUGAAGUCAGAGGACAUGGAAGCAGGGUUAGCGUCCUCAGAGGGGCAGCCCUCCCCAGCAGGCGCCACUCCCCAAGUGGUCACCCUCCACAUGGCAGAGCCAGGAGGCAGUGUGGCCGCCGAGAGCCAGCUCGGCCCCCCUGACCUGCCGCAGAUCACCCUGGCGCCUGGGCCGUUCGGCGGGGCUGGCUACAGCGUCAUUACGGCCCCCACCGUGGAGGAGGGCACGUCGACUCCCGGCACGCCUUACAGCGAGGAGUCCCCGGGGGAGGCAGCCCAGGCCGUGGUCGUGGGUGACACCCUGAAAGAAGCUGGCACGCACUUCAUCAUGGCAGCCGACGGGACCCAACUGCACCACAUUCCUCCGCUCCGCCCUUUCCCCUCAUGCCCCGCCCCCUCUCCACAGCUGACUGCAGACGGCUCCAUCUCCUUCCCAAGUACCGACGCCUUGGCUUCCGGCACCAAGUGGCCCCUCCUGCAGUACGGGGGGCUGCCCAGAGAUGGCCCUGAGCCUCCGGCUCCAGCCAGGACCCACCGGCCAAGGGACCCUCAGGGCUCUGCCUCCCCACCUCCUGCAGCCAACAAACCCCUGGGCCUCGUAGUGCCCCCCUCGCCGCCAUCUGCAGCUACUGCCUCAUCAAAGAAGUUUUCCUGCAAGAUCUGUGCCGAGGCCUUCACUGGCCGAGCAGAGAUGGAGAGUCACAAACGGGCCCACGCCGGGCCGGGAGCCUUCAAGUGCCCUGACUGCCCCUUCAGCGCUCGCCAGUGGCCCGAGGUCCGGGCCCACAUGGCACAGCACUCGAGUCUGCGGCCCCACCAGUGCAGCCAGUGCAGCUUUGCCUCCAAGAACAAGAAGGACCUGCGGCGGCACAUGCUGACCCACACCAACGAGAAGCCCUUCGAGUGCCAGCUCUGCGGGCAGCGCUUCAACCGCAACGGGCACCUCAAGUUCCACAUCCAACGGCUCCACAGCCCUGACGGGAGGAAGACGGCAGCCCCCCCUGCACGGGCUCCAGCCCGGCCCCCCACCCAGACCAUCAUCCUCAACAGUGAUGACGAGACGCUGGCCACAUUGCACACUGCCUUCCAGUCUAGUCAUGGGGUCCUGGGUCCCGAGCGGCUCCAACAGGCACUGGGUCAGGAACACAUCUUCGUGGCCCAGGAACAGACAGUGAGCAGUCAGGAGGAAGCCGCUUACAUCCAAGAGAUCACCACAGCAGAUGGCCAGAUGGUCCAGCACCUGGUGACAUCUGAUAACCAGGUACAGUACAUCAUUUCUCCGGACGGAGUGCAGCAGCUCCUUCCCCAGGAAUAUGUGGUGGUGCCCGAGGGCCAUCACAUCCAGGUACAGGAGGGCCAGAUCACACACAUCCAGUAUGAGCAAGGGGCCCCGUUCCUUCAGGAGUCCCAGAUCCAGUAUGUGCCUGUGUCCCCGGGCCAGCAGCUGGUCACCCAGGCCCAGCUUGAGGCUGCGGCACACUCGGCUGUCACAGCGGUGGCCGACGCUGCCAUGGCCCAAGCCCAGGGCCUCUUUGGCACGGAGGAGGCGGUGCCUGAACACAUCCAACAGCUGCAGCACCAGGGCAUCGAAUACGACGUCAUCACCCUGAGCGAUGACUGAGCCCCAGGAGCCCAGCGCCAACUGUGGAUGUUGAUGGGGCCUGCCCUGCUGGGGGUGGAGGCCCACGGGGACUCCCUCCCUGCUGCACCUGGGAUCUCCAGAUACUGAGCAGCCAGCAUCCUGUCACUCCUGGGGAGCCAGACCUGUGCUGCUGGGGUUGGGGGACAGCCAUGGGCACCAGCCAGGACACGCUGGGGGCCCCAGCCUGCAGGCAGGCUUCGGGAGAGAAAUUUAUUUUUGUUGGUAUGUACCCACUGGUCUCGGGCUCAAUAAAAGGACCAGAGUCCAGCCUUGGUCCGC